AUGCAAUUCAACCAACUACUUGUUCAUUGCUUCUCUCUCACGCAAACACCAAAGCUUCAGCAAUCAAGCAGCGGUGCUGUUCCAGGCGGUGUGGCUUCUGAUUCGCGGUACUGUCUUCAUAGUACUGACCGCGAAAUUCAGCAAGUGGAGCGCGGGGUGGUGGAGGAUGAAGAUGGUGAAGGCAUCUAUGGAACCGAUGCUCUGUCUAUCUCAGCUUGGUAUGGAAGAGGACAUGAGAACCGUGACCUCUGGUUGAUGUUGAUGUUUCUCGUCUUGGCUCUUGCGAUGAGGAUGCCAUGUUUAUACUCCAAAUGCAGUGAGAGUUUGAAUGGAGAUGGAGUCUUGUACACGAGUCUCUAUGUGGAGAGCAUCGAAUCAAUAGAGAUGAAGAUGAAUGAGAAGCUAAGUGUCAUCAAACUACUAAAACGAGCUGCGAAGCUACUCUUCGGUAACAUCAAACUCGCUUUCUUCCUUCUGCUAUGUUCUCUCCCUCUCUUUUGUUUCUUGAUCUUCUUUGAGCUCUCCCUCCAAACUACCGUCUCUCUCACUUACCAAUUCCUCUCCAAACAACUCAGUUUUGAGGAGGACCUGUCAGGGAAUGAUCUGUUUCUCCAGACCACCGUCUCUCUCAAUUACCAAUUCCUCUCCCAACAACACAGCUUUUGGGAGGACUUGUCAGAAAAUCAUCUGAUUUUAUGGCUGAUCCAGACAUCUCUGCUCUACUUCUUGCCCUACACCUUUCUUGACCUCCUUACCACCACCACGAUCGUUGCAGCAUCUUCGAUUGUUUACACGUCCGAGAAAGAACCGAUGAGGCUGACUGAUUUGGUACGAAGAUCUUUCGAAAUAUGUCAGACCAGAGUAAGAGGUUGUCUCAUCACAUCUCUCUACGUCCUUCUCUUGUCAACCUCUGUUUUCAUCUUCUUCUUUCUUUUCUUUCUUUUGCUUUUCUUCGGUUUCUUCUCUAAUUGGACCAAGCAAUUAAUCAUUGCUCCUCUCUUACACCAACACCAAAGCUUCCUCGACCAAGCACCAGUGCUGAUCUACGCGAUGGUGGUUCUGGUUCAGGGUACUCUUUUCAUGUACCUGACUGGAAAGUUCUUUAAGUGGAGCGCAGGCUGGAACAUGGGUUUGGUUGUCUCGGUCGUAGAAGAAGACGGAGAAGAUGGUCAAGGCAUCUAUGGAAGUGAUGCUUUGUCUCUUUCAGCUUUGUAUCGAAGAGGACAUGAAAAGCGUGAUCUCUGGAUGAUGUUGGUGUUCUUGGUCUUCUCUCUCGCGGCGAGGAUACCAUGUGUAUACUCCAAAUGCAAUUUGUAUUCGAGUGGAAACAGAGUGUUGUACACUGGUAUCUAUGUGGGUUUCUUAUGUGUUGGGAAUGUUCUUAAAUGGUUGGCUUGUGUGGUUUGUUACCACAAUUGUAAAACUAGGUUCUUGAGGAAGAAGGCUGAUGUAGAACAACAAGCUAAACCUCCUGCUACUUAG